AGAGGUUGCCACCCAACACUUUCCCGCCAAACGUUGUGACGUCGUUCUAGACAUCUCUAUACACGAGAGUAUGCACUAUAGUGCUUGACACCCGCUAUUCGUCACGUGACUUCUGUACGCUACGAUUACUCGCACAGGCUACGCUAUGCAAAAAGUUUCCGAAAACCACUGGCAUGAAAAUGAAAUUGGUGGUGAGCGACUGUGAAUUUUGGUUAUGAAGACUAAUGAAUACUCAACCAGCACUUAAUGAGUUUUGCGGUAUAGUUGUUUGAUGCAUAUAGGUGUGUCGAAUUGGUGGAGUUAUCCGGAAUUGUCAGUCAGUGCCGUAAGACAAAGAAAGUAUUCGGAUUUCAAGUGAUUGCGUCCUUUUCUGUUUUAAUGAAAUAUCAGUAUACUUUACUGAAGACUGAGCGGAAAGAGUGUGCAUCUUUUGUACGUUACCAUUAAUAGGGAAGAUUAUACAUUAGUGUGGUGAUAUAAACAAAUAUUGACAAUGGUUACUCUCAUGCAACCAUUUAUGAAUGUUGAGAGUUCCCGAUCAUAUAUAGAUGAGCUGUAUUCGCCGGAUCCUGAAAAGUGUUUGCAAGCAAUUGUUUGCUUGAAGAAUUCCGUGAUUGGAAGCAACCGUCAGAAAGGGCACGUUAUAUCACAAGGUGUUGUACCUCGCCUUCUUCAACUGUUGGGAGAUACUGCACUGUCAUCGCAAAUUAAAAUAGAAGCAACAAUUACAUUGGGUUCAUUGGCGAAAGGCACAGAAGAACAUGUAAAAGCACUUGUGGAACUGGGUGUAGUUCCUAUGCUUAUAAAUGGUUUGGUGAGUGAUGAUGCAAAAUUGAUUGAAGCUAGUUUAUGUUGUUUGAGAACUAUAUUUCAAGUACCAUGUGCUCCUGUUGACCUUAUAUAUCAAGAUGAAAAUUUUACUCUUCAUUUACUUAGUUUGGCUCCUCAUUCUGUGUCCAAUCAAGUUUGUGUUACAACUAUAUUGGCUGCUGCAUGUAAGACUGUUGAAAAUCAAAAUCUGUUAUGUGCACAAGGAGCUGUUCAAACAUUGGCAGCUUUACUCUGUUCUCCCCACUACAAAGUUCAAAUGCCUAGCUUGAUGUGUUUAGCUAAUAUGUGCCAUCAAAAUUCAAAUGUGUCUGCAGUUGUUGCUACAGCCAGUUUUGGUGGGAAGUCUGUUCCUGACCUCUUAGUGGGUUUAAUGGCAAGGGAUAAGCCUAGUGAAAUGCAAAUGGCUGCAGCUAAAUGUGUGACAUAUAUGCAUCGUGCUGGUGCAAUCAGUGCUGAAGAUCCUAAAAUAUUAUACAAGACCCUUCCGUGUUUGGUUCGCUUAUGCAAGAAAGAUCAGUCAUGUGGAGAGAGGGUAACUGCUGCUGAGACUCUAGCUUACCUCACAGAAGUAGAUACAGAACUCCAACGACUUGCAUCCAUUUCGAAUCAUCUUGUGCCUACACUAGCCGAACUACUGCGAUAUCACCCAGAACCUCCAAUACAUCCAAAUCAAGCUGCUCAAAAACUAGAACAGGAAGCAAAAAUUGCUCAGGACAUGAAGCAGGCUGCAUUCAGGGCAUUUGCUUCUCUGGGAGCGAAUGAUGAAGAUAUUAGGAAGAAGAUCAUUGAAACGGACAAUUUGAUGGACCAUAUAGUCAGUGGUUUGCAGGACCCCAGCCCUAAAGUCCGAUUAGCAGCUGUAAGAUGUUUGCAUUCUCUUUCUCGAUCAGUUCAGCAGCUCCGAACAACUUUCCAGGAUCAUUCUGUGUGGCGACCUCUGAUGCAACUGCUGCAAGGAGCUUCUGACGACAUUCUUACUAUGGCUUCUUCAACUUUGUGCAAUCUCUUGUUAGAAUUUUCUCCUUCUAAAGAACCCAUUUUGGAAUCGGGUGCUGUAGAUCUUUUGUGCAAUCUUACAAGAAGAAAGGAUCCUGCUUUAAGAUUAAAUGGAAUAUGGGCACUUAUGAAUAUGGCUUUCCAAGCAGAACAAAAGAUAAAAUCACAAAUUUUAGAUACUUUGGGAACCGAUCAGAUUUUUAGACUUCUUUCUGACCCUGAAGUAAAUGUGUUAAUGAAGACUCUGGGUCUUUUGCGAAAUUUACUUUCUACCAAACCCCACAUUGAUCAGAUAAUGGGCAGACAUGGGAAUCAGAUAAUGCAGGCGGUUGUUCUCAUCUUGGAAGGGAAUCAUAAUGCCGAAGUUAAGGAGCAGGCAUUAUGCAUUUUAGCAAAUAUAGGUGAUGGAGAAUCAGCCAAAGAAUACAUCAUGGCAAAUGAAGAUGUAUUAAAGAAACUAACUGAUUACAUGAUGCACUCCAACGUGAAACUGCAGAUUGCAGCCAUAUUUUGCAUUUCGAACCUUGUGUGGCGGGAAGAGCCCGGUGCUAGUGAGAGGCAAGCGCGUCUUCGUGAAAUGGGAGUUUUUAAACUCCUGCAACAACUUAUCAUGACAAGUGACACUUUAUUGUUUGAUAAAGUUAAGACUGCCAUGACACAGUUUCCAGAAGCAUGAUGGCUGUGGAAUCCAGAAUUGUACAAUCACUUGAAAGCCUCAUUCAUGAAAAUGCCUUGUAUUUCAUGAAUUCAUGCGUUAUUGUUUUUAAACAUUUCUGUUAUAUAUGGCUGCAUCAUGAUUGGUGAUAGAGUUAGCUAUUUAAGUGUUUUAUUUGAUUUUUUUAAGGAUAAAUUGUGCAAUACUUUGUUUUAUUAAAUGUUUGUAGCAAUAUCUGUGGAAAUAUUUUUUUAUGUUACCUGCUUACCUGUUUUUCUAAGAUGUCAGUAGGGAUAAUGGUGAUUCACCACUAAAUUUAAAAUAGAAAAGGAAACCGAAUACAUAAAUUUCAUCUUUCUUUUUUAACAAUUAUUGUAGAGUUGAUGGUAAAAUUGAAAAGCUUGGCUCUAGUUAGUUCUAUGCUUCUUCAAAUUCAUUCUGACAGUAGAUGAAGGUUUCAGUUAUAUAUUUCUUUUUGCAAGUGUUAAAAAAAAGUAUAUGAAGGUGAGUGUCAUUUGUUACAACAGCACCAUAAUAUUUGCACAAAAGUAGUCAUCAUCAUGGUAGUAUAGUAUGCCAGGAAAGUAUCUUUGCACUGAGGAAAAAUCAGGGGCUCCAAUUAAAAAUAGCAUUUAUGUUGGUAACUACCAGAUCACUGGGAAACAAAUGAAGGGGAUGACACUUCCUACACCUAUUAUGAUUGUGGUGAGUACGCAAUUUAUGUUUACUUUUGUUACAAGCUGCUGUUCCUGCUAACAACAUACUUUCUGUUGUGGCAAGGUGCUACUGUGGAGAGACUUUCCUGGUCCGCUAUAUUUUCUUAUUUGUCCCAAAAGUGGUCAAUAGUAGAGCCAAGUCCUUCAAUUAUUAUUUCUUGCACAUUGGUACAGUGGGCCUUGUCUAUGACCAUGUCUUUUAGAUGACCAUCUAUCUUAAGAACUGAAAUUUUGUUUAACAUUACAAGCAUUAAGAAUGCUGUACUACUCGUUUCUCAACUUGUCAUUAGUGAUAAAUAUAUCAAUUUCACUUCAAAAAUU